AUGGCCGAGAUGCAGUUCGACAAGGAGACCAAGCCGGCCGAGUCGCCGCCGCCGCACUCCCUCGAGCACGCGACCGACCUCGACCGCCCGGUCUACGGCGACGACGCGCCCGUCGAGUGCCCGCCUCACACGACCGAGUCCAAGCUCAUCACAAAGAUCGAUUUCCGCGUGAUUCCCUUUCUGUGCAUCAUGUACCUGCUGGCCUUCCUCGACCGGGUCAACAUCGCCAACGCAAACGUCUUCGGCCUCUCCCAGGAGCUGGGCCUCGACGGCACCCUCUACAACAACGCCCUCGUCGUCUUCUUCGUGCCCUACAUCCUGCUCGAGAUCCCGUCCAACAUCCUGCUCAAGAAGUUCAAGCCCCACGUCUGGCUCAGCAUCAACAUGUUCGGCUUCGGCCUCGUCACCAUGCUGCAGGGCUUCGUGCAGAACUACGCCGGCCUGUGCACCACGCGCUUCUUCCUCGGCGUCUUUGAGACGGGCAUGUUCCCGGGAGCCUUCUACCUCAUCGGCAUGUGGUACCGCCGCCACGAGGCCCAGCGCCGAUAUUCCUUCUUCUUCAACAGCACCACCCUCGCCGGCGCGUUCGGCGGUCUCUUGGCCGCCGCCAUCGGGAAGAUGGCCGGCACCGGCGGCUACGCGGGCUGGAGGUGGAUUUUCAUACUCGAAGGUCUGUUGACCGUCGUCGUGAGCGUCUUCUUCUUCUUCUGCCUGCCCGACUUCCCCGAGGACGUCAAGUGGCUCACGGCCGAGGAGAAGGUCUUCGUCGCGGCCCGCCUGCGCGCGGACCAGGGCAACUCGGCCGCCGAGCGCAGCAUCACGGCGCGCGACGUCCGGCGCAUCUUCAAGGACUACAAGGUCAUCCUCGGCGGCUUCAUGUACUUCGGCCUCAUCGUGCCGGCCUACGGCUACGCCUACUUCGCCCCGGGCAUCUUCCAGUCCUACGGCUACAGCAGCAUCAAGACCCAGCUGCACAGCGUGCCGCCCUGGGUCGUCGCCUUCGUCUUCUCCAUGACCGUCGCCUUCGUCUCGGACAAGACGCGCCACCGCUUCGGCUUCACCAUCCUCGCCAUCUGCGUCGCCAUCACCGGCUUCGCCAUCCUCAUCUCCGUCCACGACAACACCCCGCUGCAGACCUUUGGUCUCUACGCCGUCGCCUCGGGCUGCUACACGGCCAUGCCCAUCAUCGUAUGCUGGUUCAACAUGAACCUCGGUGGCCACCACCGUCGCUCCAUCGGAAGUGCCUGGCAGGUCGGCUUCGGCAACAUCGGUGGCAUCAUCGCCGUCUUUGCCUUCCUGAAGAAGGAUGCCCCCAAGUACAUCCCGGGAUACAGCAUCAGCAUCGCCUUCGUCAUCCUCAGCGGCCUGUCUUGUACGGCCUACGCCCUCGCCUGCUGGUCCGCGAACAAGAAGCGGGACAGGACGGCUGGCGAGUCGGUGUUGACGCAGGAAGAAAAGACGGAGCUGGGCGACAUGUCCCCGGACUACAGGUAUCUUCUGUAG